AUGUUCGUCGUGGCCGGUGAUGAUUCUAAAACGCGUGUGGACAUAGUCGAACUUAAAGAACAUCCAUUUUUCAUUGGAACACAGUUUCGUCCUGAGUAUACGAGUCAACCACUCCAUCCAGCCCCCUUAUUUUUAGGGCUUAUUUUGGCAUCUGCUGGAUCAUUAGUGUUGAGUUCACUUUACAUGAAUCAGGUGACGGAAGAAUGUGCGAUAGUAAUCAAG